CACAGGUGCGCGGGUGCCAUGACGACUGCGUUGCACGAGCCCCCUCCUUCCCCUGGCCUGGAGGCACGGAGCGGCGGGCGGCUGAGCCCGGCGGGCAGCAGCGCUGCGCGGGAGCCAGUCAGCCCGAGGGGAGGGAAACCGGCCAGGGCCUGGGGCUUGGGAGCGCACGCCCCCUUCCCGCCUCUAACCGGACCGACCGGACCAGCGGAGAGUGGAGGCAGGGGCGCAGCCCACAACCAAGUGCCCGGGACCGUCCCUCCGCCCGCUGGCCCGAAGGGGCCCGCUGCCUCCCGCCAUCGGAGACCGCCGGAGCCCGCAACAGGGGGCAGCAUGGAGGGCACUGACAAGACACUGAGGACACUGCCACCAACAAGACAGAGAAGAUCCUUGCUUUGCAUAUGCUGUCAAGCAUGGGGAAAAAGACAAUCAAUCUAGAAACAAACAAACUAUUGACAGAUUGACGAACAUAAACCAGAUGCUGUGGGAAGACAACAUUUAUGCUGAGAGCUAAAGGAAGGGACGAGCAAAGACCCUGGGGUUGGAAGAAACAGGAGUGUGUGAGGAGCUAAGCAGAUGGCAAAGUGACCAGAGCAUAAUGCGCAAAGGGGUGAGGUCAGAGAGAUGUCAACAGGGAUCAGACCAUGAAGUGUUUUGGAGGCCUCGGAAAGGAGCAUGGAUUGUAUUUAAAAUGCAAUGAGGGUGGGGAGGCUGAGGCAGGUGGAUCACCUGUGGUCAGGAGUUUGAGACUAGCCUGG